AUGGGUCUCUCAUACAACGUCUACCUGAACAGCCACAAGAUCUACGGCUGCAAGAACUGCAAAGCCCACCUCUCCAACCACGAGGACAUUAUCAGCCGCAACUUCCGCGGCCAACACGGCAAAGCCUACCUCUUCAACAACGUCGUCAACGUCGUCGCGGGCGAGGCCUCGGAGCGCAACAUGACGACCGGCCGCCACAUCGUGCGCGACAUCUCGUGCCGCCAGUGCAACGAGACGGUCGGCUGGAAGUACGACAAGGCGUACGAGGCGAGCGAGAAGUACAAGGAGGGCAAGUUCAUCCUGGAAGCGGAGCUGCUCUGCAACGUUACCUAG